AUUAAAUGAAGUUAAAAAAAAAGAUUUAUUAUGUAUACAAUGUUCUGCCUGCAUGUAUGUCUGCACGGCAGAAGGGGACACCAGAUCUCAUCAUAGAUGAGAUGGUUGUGAGCCACCUUGUGGUUGCUGCAGUUUGAACUCAGGACCUGUGGAUUAGCAGCCAGUGCUCUUAACCUCUGAGCCCCACGUCAGUGAAUAAUUAUUAUUAAUCUGUUUUUCACCACCCUCAGGGGAUUUCUCUUCCAAAUUAUGCUACUUUCUCUUUAGUUCAUUUUCUUUUUCCUUUUUUUAAAAUAUUUAUUUAUUUAUUUAUUUAUUUAUUUAUUUAUUUAUUUAUUUAUUUAUUUUGUAUGCAAUAAUCUGUGUGUAUGUCUGCAGGCCAGAAGAGGGCACCAGACCCCAUUACAGAUGGUUGUGAGCCACCAUGUGGUUGCUGGGAAUUGAACUCAGGACCUUUGGAAGAGCAGGCAAUGCUCUUAACCUCUGAGCCAUCUCUCCAGCCCCAGUUCAUUUUCUUGAGUCGAUCUCACUAUAUAGAUUAGGCUGGCCUUGGACUCAAGAGAUCCUCCUGACUCUGCAUCGUGAGUGCUGGAAUUGAAUGCCUGCACUACCAUACUCGGCUGCAUAUAUUUAUCUGACUUGGUGACAGGUCCUCACUAUAUAACCCUGGCUAGCCUAGAACUCACUGUGUGCACAGGCUGGCCUCAAACCUAGAGAGGUUUGCCUGUCUUCACCUCAUAAGUGCUGGGAUCAAAGGUAUGUGCCACCAUGCUGAGCAAUCAAAGCAUUAAAAAAAAAAGUUGGUGGGGGCUAGAGAAAUGACUCAAUGGUUAAAAGCACUGACUGGACUUUGAGAACUCCCUGGUUUGAUUUCCAGUACCCGCAUACUCUGAAGGCACCAGGCAUGCAUGCUGUUGCAGAUACGUACAUGAAGAUGAACACUCAUAAAAUAAAACUUUUAAAAAUGCAUCCGUAGAAACAUCAAGUAGAUGGGGACGUCUGUGCUUCCGGCCUCAGAUGCCUUCUGCUAACAUCCUUAGCUUUUGAGCUGGUGGAAAGAAAGGGCCUGUUACUGCAUCCCAGGAUUUUACCUGAUAGUUACAAAGAUAUUUGGCCACAUACGGAUGGCUAAAGUCCGACUAAGGGGUUAAAGAUAGUCCAAGGUAAUUUGACUUGAGGCCUGCAACAUCCUGGCUCCUCAUAGUCACUGAAGUUCUAAUUAGUCAGCUUGUCUUUUAGAAUGUUUAACGAAUGUGUUUUGUUUUUGUUUGUCCAGGAAACUUCAGUUCAUGAAACCCAAGAUACAAUUAUCAUCUUUUAAAAAGGAGGAAGGGGGUCUACUGAACAAACUGAGAUCUGAAGAGAUUCGCUGUCCGCGGAGCAUAGCUGCCCUCGGCCUGUGCACUACUUGUUUGGCAAUGCUCAGGAGAUUGACUGUUUCACAGGUGCUCUUUGCUGUUGCCCUUGGAAUUGCUGGAGGAAUGUAUAUUUAUCAGCCAAUAUUUGAACAAUAUUCCAGAAACCAGAAGGAAUUAGAAGAAAAGCUGCAAGGGUUUCAAGCAGCAGAAGAAAAGAAGAGCUAAUUCCGUGUCCAGUGAAUUUGUAGGCACUGCUCGCCAUUCUACUGAAAUUACACAUGGACCUAGUAAAAAUUUAGGUACAUUUUAAUAAAUAAAUCAUGGGUAAAGGA